AUGGACCCCGUUGAAGAAAAUCCCGAACUCAUAUACGAUCUGGUUCUGGAUGAUAACGAAGACGUUGCCACAUCUAAAAGGCAAGGUGUUUGCAUCGCAGCCGCCCUCAUGGCAUUAUACUAUGCUGGCACAAACCUGCGCCAUGUCUGGCGUAUUUGGCAUUAUUGCCACCUGAAUUGCCCCAAGCUCUUAGAGAAUCCAUGUCUGGAUACUCCGUGGCAAGCUGUGCUUUGUAGUCGCGAGGAUUGCGCGUUCAUUUCUACAAUGGGUGUGGACGUUGCUACUUUCAACUAUAUUCUUUUGUCUGGCUUUCGUUAUCUAUGGCUCACUCACCCAAUUCCGCGAGAUGAUGUGAAUCCCUCUGGAGCAACUCAACUUGGGCAACAGUCGCUGGAUGCAGAAGGCGGUCUUGGAGUCCUUCUUCAUUAUCUGAGCGGUACCAUGAACAAAACCUCCCUUCAGCAAAUCUUUGCGCUUGUACCCUCGGUUCUCACUCGUUACAUCCAUUUCUUGCGCCAAAUACUUGCGCUUACUCUGGAAAAAAUACCCAAAGCACGUAUUUGCUGGCCGAAACCAGACAAGAUGCAGGAGUAUUUGCAGGCAAUUCAAUUGUGCCAUCCAAGUGUUAUAGGUGGAUUUGGCUUCUUGGACGGCCUUAGUCUUCCUAUUGGUGCCAGCAGUGAUGCUGAUAUCGAAAGGUCUACCUACAAUGGCUGGUUACACUUGCAUUGUAUUAACAAUGUUCUAGUCUUUGCCCCCAACGGAUGUGUCAUUGCGGCAAAGGUCAAUGCGCCAGGAAGCUGGCACGACUCACGCACAGCGGCUCAUAUAUACAAUCUGCUGCAAGACAAAACUCCUGCCGGCUUUUUCCUUAUUGCCAACACCGCAUUCCCUCGUGGCGGUAACAAUCUUGCUGGCAAGAUCAAGACUCUGUUAAAACAUAAAGACGCCUUACCAAACGAUCCAAUCAAAGCUCAAGAUGCGAUCAACUAUUCAAACGCCAUCACCUCAGCUUGA